GGCCUGUAGACUGGUAGCCGAGCUUGUACCUGGAUUAUGGCACCAAACAGCUGUCCGGUUUACUGACGUUCCAUUUCCCCCUCGUUGGCAUGGGUUUCCUGUCUAUGUGUAGCUUGCGUGAUGCCGCGCCAACCAGGGUCGUCAAAGUUAUUGGAAAGGUACUCAUCACGCCGCUGAUUUCUACUCUCACGAUGAAAGAUAUCCGUCUGUCCGCGAUAAGUAAAAUGUUCUAUAGGCCACAACUCAGGUUCAAGUGUGUUUCCAUUAUCCUACCGGUUAAAUUGAUAGUACCCCCGCGCUAAAUCCCUUGGAC